CCGCGUGGAGCCCCGCAGCACGCGGAGAUGGAGCGCGGGGCCGAUCCUGGGGUCGGCGUGCGGCGGCUCCGCAACGUGGUGCGGCCGGAGCCUUUCGCCGCGGUGCUGGGCGCGCUGCGGGGCUGCUACGCCGAGGCCACGCCGCUGGAGGCCUUCGUCCGGCGGCUGCGGGAAGCUGGCACCAGGGAGGUCGAGGUGCUGCGCGGCGACGACGCGCAGUGCUACCGGACCUUCGUGUCGCAGUGUGUGGUGUGCGUCCCCCGCGGGGCUCGCGCCAUCCGCCGGCCCAUCUGCUUCCAGCAGUUAUCCAGUCAGAGCGAAGUCAUCACAAGAAUCGUUCAGAGACUGUGUGAAAAGAAAAAGAAGAACAUUCUUGCAUAUGGAUACUCCUUGCUGGAUGAAAACAGUUGUCACUUCAGGAUUUUGCCAUCUUCAUGCAUAUACAACUAUCUGCCCAAUACUGUAACAGAAACGAUUCGCAUCAGCAGCCUCUGGGAGAUACUGCUGAGCAGGAUAGGGGAUGAUGUGAUGAUGUACCUGCUGGAGCACUGUGCACUCUUCAUGCUGGUUCCCCCAAGUAACUGUUAUCAGGUUUGCGGGCAACCAAUUUAUGAACUUAUUUCGCGUAACAUAGGGCCGUCCCCAGGGUUUGUUAGACGACGGUAUUCAAGGUUUAAACAUAAUAGCUUGCUUGACUAUGUGCGAAAAAGGCUUGUGUUUCACAGGCACUAUCUCUCCAAGUCACAGUGGUGGAAGUGCAGGCCGAGACGUCAAGGUCGUGUCUCCAGCAGGAGAAAAAGAAGGAGCCAUAGGAUACAAAGCCCAAGGUCUGGUUGCCAGUCUUCUGCAGAAGUGAACUUUCGAGCAGGCAUGCGGAUCAGCACAGUUACUGCACAUCUGGAAAAACAGAGCUGCUCCAGUUUAUGUUUGCCAGCUAGAACACCAUCUUUAAAAAGGAAGCGUGACAGAGAACAGGUUGAAAUGGCAGCUAAGAGAGUGAAAGUAAUGGAGAAAGAGAUAGAGGAGCAGCCUUGUAGUAUCGUUCCUGAUGUAAAUCAAAGUAGCUCCCAGAGGCACGGAGUUUGGCAUGUAGCACCACGUGCUGUAGGUCUUAUUAAAGAACGUUACGUUUCUAAAAGAAGUAACAGUGAGAUGUCUGGUCCUUCUGCAGUUCACAGAUCUCACCCUGGGAAGAGGCCUGUGGCAGACAAAAGCUCUUUUCCAAGAGGAGUUCAGGGUAACAAACACACAAAGACCGGUGCAGAAAAACGAGCAGAAUCCAAUAGAAGGGGCAUAGAGAUGUAUAUAAACCCAACCCGUAAACCCAAUAGAAGGGGUAUAGAGAGGCAUAUAAAUCCAACCCAUAAACCGGGGUUGAAUUCUGUACAAACUGAACCAAUGGAAGGUGAUUCUUCGGGGGACAGAAAGCAGGAAAAUCCCCCAGCUCAUUUGGCAAAGCAGUUACCAAAUACAUUCUUGCGCUCUGCAGUGUACUUUGAGAAGAAAUUUCUUCUGUAUUCCCGUAGUUACCAAGAAUAUUUUCCUAAAUCAUUCAUACUGAGCCGCCUGCAGGGUUGUCAGGCAGGUGGAAGGCGGCUUAUAGAAACUAUAUUCUUGAGCCAAAACCCAUUAAAGGAAAAGCAGAACAAAAGCCUAACACAGCAAAAGUGGAGAAAGAAGAGGUUGCCCAAACGCUACUGGCAAAUGAGAGAGAUAUUUCAGAAGCUGUUAAAAAACCACGAGAAGUGCCCUUAUUUAGUUUUCUUGAGAAAAAAUUGCCCUGUUUUGCUUUCUGAAGCAUGUUUGAAAAAAACGGAGCUGACCUUGCAGGCAGCUCUGCCUGGGGAAGCAAAGGUUCACAAGCACACAGAACAUGGGGAAGAGUCCACUGAGGGUACUGCGCCGAACAGCUUCCACACUCCUCCCUCAAUGCCAGUGUGUGGGCAGACAGAGAGAGAGGAGCAGCACCUUGCAGAGGGGAGUGAUCCGCUCCUCAGGGAGCUGCUCAGGCAGCACAGCAGCCACUGGCAGGUGUAUGGCUUUGUGAGGGAUUGCCUGGAGCGGGUGAUUCCUGCCGAGCUGUGGGGUUCAAGCCAUAACAAAUGCCGGUUCUUUAAAAACGUGAAAGCAUUCAUUUCUAUGGGGAAGUAUGCUAAGCUUUCAUUGCAGCAGCUGAUGUGGAAGAUGAGAGUGAAUGACUGCGCAUGGCUUCGUCUGGCCAAAGGUAAUCACUCUGUUCCUGCCUAUGAACAUUGUUACCGUGAAGAAAUUUUGGCAAAAUUCCUAUACUGGCUGAUGGAUUCCUAUGUUAUCGAGUUGCUCAAAUCAUUUUUCUAUAUCACCGAGACCAUGUUCCAGAAAAACAUGCUUUUCUACUACCGAAAGUUUAUCUGGGGCAAAUUACAGAACAUUGGAAUUAGAAACCAUUUUGCCAAAGUACAUCUGCGUGCUUUAUCUUCAGAGGAGAUGGAAGUGAUCCAUCAAAAGAAGUAUUUUCCUAUUGCAUCAAGGCUCCGGUUCAUUCCUAAAAUCAAUGGUUUAAGACCUGUAGUAAGACUAAGCCGUGUUGUUGAAGGACAGAAACUCAGCAAGGAAAGCAGAGAAAAGAAGAUACAGCGCUAUAACACUCAGCUAAAAAAUCUAUUUAGCGUGUUAAAUUAUGAACGAACUGUAAACACCAGCAUCAUUGGCUCUUCAGUAUUCGGGAGAGAUGAUAUAUACAGGAAAUGGAAGGAGUUUGUUACAAAAGUUUUUGAAUCAGGUGGUGAAAUGCCUCAUUUCUACUUUGUAAAGGGUGAUGUGUCCAGAGCUUUUGAUACUAUUCCUCACAAGAAACUAGUGGAAGUAAUCUCACAGGUCUUGAAACCUGAGAGCCAAACCGUGUAUGGAAUAAGGUGGUAUGCUGUAAUUAUGAUUACCCCAACUGGAAAAGCCAGGAAGCUCUAUAAGAGACACGUUUCUACUUUCGAGGAUUUUAUUCCAGACAUGAAGCAGUUUGUGUCCAAACUUCAAGAGCGAACUUCAUUACGAAAUGCAAUAGUAGUUGAACAGUGCUUAACUUUUAAUGAGAACAGUUCCACCCUGUUUACUUUCUUUCUUCAAAUGUUACAUAAUAACAUCCUGGAGAUUGGGCACAGGUACUAUAUACAGUGCUCUGGAAUCCCACAGGGCUCCAUUUUGUCAACCUUACUUUGCAGCUUAUGCUAUGGAGACAUGGAAAACAAAUUACUUUGUGGAAUCCAGAAGGAUGGAGUCCUAAUACGACUUAUUGAUGACUUUUUGCUGGUUACACCACAUCUAAUGCAGGCAAAAACUUUUCUAAGGACUAUAGCAGCAGGUAUUCCUGAGUAUGGAUUUUUAAUAAAUGCCAAGAAGACAGUGGUGAAUUUUCCUGUUGAUGAUAUCCCAGGAUGUUCUAAGUUCAAACAGCUGCCAGAUUGUCGUUUGAUCUCAUGGUGUGGUUUAUUACUGGAUAUGCAGACACUUGAGGUUUAUUGUGAUUACUCCAGUUAUGCUUUUACUUCUAUCAGAUCGAGUCUUUCCUUCAAUUCAAGUAGAAUAGCUGGAAAAAACAUGAAAUGCAAAUUGACUGCAGUCCUCAAACUGAAAUGCCAUCCUUUAUUUCUUGACUUAAAGAUCAACAGCCUUAAAACAGUUUUAGUUAACAUCUACAAGAUAUUUUUACUUCAGGCUUACAGGUUCCAUGCCUGUGUUCUUCAGCUUCCAUUCAACCAGAAAGUUAGGAAUAAUCCGUAUUUCUUCCUAAGGAUCAUCUCUGAUACUGCUUCAUGCUGCUAUUUUAUCCUGAAAGCUAAAAAUCCAGGGAUUUCUUUAGGUAGCAAAGAUGCAUCCGGCAUGUUCCCUUUUGAGGCAGCAGAAUGGCUCUGUUACCAUGCCUUCAUUGUCAAACUGUCCAACCACAAAGUUAUUUACAAAUGCUUACUUAAGCCCCUUAAAGUCUAUAAGUUGCAUCUGUUUGGGAAGAUACCAAGGGAUACUAUGGAACUGCUGAAGACAGUGACGGAACCGUCUCUUUGUCAAGAUUUCAAAACUAUACUGGACUAAGCGAUGAAGGUUUAUUUCAUGAUCCUUCCAGGCUUAAAAAUAAAUGUUUUUAGAUUAAUUUUCUCUGUAGUUAAUUUUGGUAGAAUGAACUGAAAGCAUCUUUACUUGAAAGUUUUCAUUGUUUUUUUUUUUGUUUGUUUGUUUGUUUUUAGGUACCAGACAAUAACUUUAAAAGAGCAGGCUGUUCUGUUAACAUCUUCAUGUUUGUGUUUUUCUGUAAGUUUGAAGGCUGUUUGAAGUACAACCUGUGAACUUGGCUUGAUUUCCUUCAGUAAUUCCUUUCUUCUUGACGAAGACAUAUUUGAGUUAUCUGUAUAGACAGAUCAACGUUUUUGCCAUGUAUUGUUUCUGAAGAACUGUUCUUUGAUUUUUUUUUUUUUUUUUUCUACUGCAGACAGUUUUAUAAUAAAUUGUCUAGAUAGUUGCAAUAAUACAUACUUGUCUCCAAUACCUUUAUUUUAUAGUAAACUUCAACCCAAUCCCACUCAACUUGGAAGUGGAAAGACACUUGAAAGGUACAGGGAAAGUGCAUUUCAUGGCUGUGCCUAGCAAGAUACACGGGAUAAAGAUUUUUUUGCUGUGGAGAACACAGUCAAAAUUUGUAUGCUAUAUCUGGGUAUGUUCAAUAUGUUUAAUAUAUUCUGCAAGUUUAUAGAGAUGUACUAAACAAUGGUGAUGUAUUCAUAACUACAAAAACAAGGGGAACCAGUUAUUGAUUAGAUAAUAGAAAAGUUACUUGCUUGGUAUAUUUGCAUUUCCUGUUCUUUAUUUAGUCUUAUCUUUUGCUCCUUAAUAGUACUGAACUACUAUCCAGCCCUUUUGUUGGCAUGUUUUACAGGACUGAAUUUUGCCCUAUGACUGCUCUGGUAAGCCUGCCCACGUGUCUUUUUUUCUCUAGGCUCACAUGUUGAAUUUGCAAUGCUAUAAAGUAGAGCUAUUUCAUUAGAAUAAUUAAAAUAUCUUAUCAGGGAUGAAACUUAAGCACUUCAAGAACUUCCUGCGCUUCUGAGGGAGCUGUUACUUCCUGUGACUAUUUACUCCUCACUCAGUCUUUCUUCAGCUAUGCAUUCCUUCCUCUCUGCUGCUCUUUUCAUCUGCUGCUAUACUAAUAAGAUUUUGUGUAGGUGCAGGUGGUAUAAAUUUUGAUUCUUUGCUACUUAAUGCACUGCUCAAUGCAUUUUGUGUAUCAUGUUGAAGAAGGCCUUGCUGGUGGGCAGCAGUAACAAUGAAUGCAUGUUUAUUUUGUCUUGAUCACUGUAUUCUGGAUAAACCUCCUGAGAAGGAUGAGCCUAAUAAUUUCCUCAGAAUGGAUAAGCACACCUGCUGUGAAAGAACUGUGCAGGAUAGGGGCUGGGGAAGUGAAAAAUAUCUCAGAAGCCAGGAUCCUAUGAUGUGAAUCCAUGCUGAGAGAAUGGGUUCUGUUCUGUGCCUAACAGCCAUCUCAAGGCAAACUUUUGGGGUGAUCAAAAGAGUGUCCUGGAAAACUGUGGUAAAAAACUGGAGCAGCAACUGUGCUGAAUUAUUCAGUUUCUAAAAAACAUUGGAAAGAGGUGGGUUUGUGAGGACUAGAAGAAAACCUCUCUGCUUUCAGCCAAGAGCGUAGUGGUUAUGGAUAGGUUUGCUUCUAAAGCCUUUAAAUGCAGACUUUUCCAUGCGUACUGAGAAAGAAACAUACUUUGUUUUAAUUUUUUUUGUGUGUUAAAUAGACUGAAGGUUUGUAAUGUCUUUCAUCAUGAUGCCUUCUAGAAGAGGUUGGGGUGUUUUUCCCCCUUAAAACUGAGAACAACUGGGGUCCCGUCUUCAUUGCUUCUUUAUUCCGCUUCCACAGGAUGCUUUGACUUGCAGGUGUAUUGCCAGGACAAGUCCAUUUUUACUCUGUACCACAGCAGACUAAAUGGCAUAUAAACUAACAAAGAAGUAUCUCAGUUAAAGGUGUAUUUUUGGAAAAAGUUUGUGAAGUGUGAUGCAAUUUUCUGAACUGAUGUUUGCAUUUACAUGUAACUACUUGCUAAAUUAUCAGUUUAAAGCAGUCGUUGCUGUUUCUGAAGGCUACCUGUAAACAAAUGCAAAUAUUUCUCAGAAUUCACUUUCUUUUUAAAAUAGCCUAUUUAAGAAGGCCAUUGAAAGCAGUGCUGAAACUAGUACUUGUUUUGCAAAUGGAAAAUUGUAGAAUAUAUGGCGCACUGUACUGUACUGGAAACUUGCUGCUACAGCUCAGGACUGAUGGAGAGAAUGCUGGGAACAUGUUUAAGGAAUGAAUUUAACAGUAGCAUGGGCUUACUGCACUAAAAUGAUUGAUCCAAAUCACUGAAGAGAAGGUAGGAAUAUUCCUUAAAGCUACUUCUGUCAUGAACUGUUUUAAAAUAAAUAGUGCAAUAUAUCACAAUGGUAAAACAUUUUCUGCUUAACUGGUAGAAAGUGUGAUGAAUGGCAACUGGUGACAGGAAACGUGGUGAAUUGAGUAACUUUGGGCUGGAAAUACUAAAACAAUUUGCUUAAGAACAUUCUGAACCUAUGCUGUGAGUUUUCAACAAUCACUGGAAAGCUGGGAAAAGUUCAGAAGACUCUGUGGGUAAAGGGAAAUGUUAAAAUUGUUUCCGUGUUUAGGAAAAGGUAAGUAGAAAGAUUAAGAGCAAGGCCAGCCACGGUAACUGUAUUGUGCAACCUAUGAUCUGAGUCAACUUGUCAGAAACUUUAUUUGGGCCACUUUGGGGAGGAAGUGUGUUUGGGAUAAAAGUUGUUGUUUUACUAUCUCUAUGCAGAGCAGGAAGGGAGAAACUUGACACAAACUUCUAGAGUAAAUAGAAGCAUCAACAUGCUUCAAAGAUAUCCUUACUGCUUCCUGUUGGAAAGGGAUUUCAGACUGUGAAUUUCAUUUUGAGUCUUUUUUCAGAGGCUACUGGUUGCUCAAAAGUAUGUCUGCAAAGGGGAACCCUUGUCUCCCAUCAGAAUGGCCAGGAUCUGCAGGCGAGUAGAAGACAGAAAGAAUAUUUAUUUUUCGGGGGAAUGAGGAAAGUUGCUGUUAACUUCUUGACAUGAAAACAUUUAGGGUGUUACAAGGCUUGGGUCCUUCCUUCUG